AUGACUUCUGAGUUCAACAUAAAAUCUUGCAAGCAACGUUUGACCAGGCAACUCAAUGAGCUUGCCAACAUGAUCGAUGAAGCAAAUACUUUCAAAGAACCUUGGCAAUACCCAACCAAUGCUGACGACAUACUUCAAUUCAUACUAGCAAACACAGCAAUAUUGAGAAACCUAAUAAAUCAGAUGAAAACAAAGGAAGACCAAAUCAUGGCUGAAUAUAGCAAUCAAGCUCGUGCUCUGGAAGCCUUCAAGUCAAUUAACACAGAAUAUGGAGAGAAUCUUGAAAAAGAGUUCGAUUCUUAUUGGGAAAACAAAAGGGCAGACGAAAGCCUGGACAUCAGUGUCUCAACUCGUCGAAAAUUGGAGACUAGAAUCGUGGAAUUAGAGUGCCAACAGCAGGCACUAGAGGCCUCAUCAAUGCGAAAACAGAGUUCAAAACCAUCAAUACAAGAAACAACUCAGCGUUGUACUUCACUUUUCCAAGCCAUGGAAGAUCAUCAACAAAAGGGAAUCAAUCAGACACUUUCACAAAGCAAUCAAACAACUGCUGAUUUGUUGGAGUUGUGGUGUAAAAGCGCAAUCGCUACACUGAAAGGCAGUCCCCCAAGCAGAUCUGACUGCGCAAGCUAUAACAGCUCAAUCACUUUCCGCAUGAAAAACCUAUGUGUAUACUGCCUAGACGCUGCUUUCGACGAAUCUCGCGAAAAACCCGAUAUUGAGUGA